UGAUAUUUGAAAGUUGUUGAUAUUUUCCGAGUUGGAUGAUCAAUCUUUGAAAACAUCAGGUAUUCCUUGAAGAGAUGGGGUUUCAGGUGUCUCCGGAAGGUGGUGAUUGACUCCGCUGUCCUGGCGUCGUGAGGGAGUUUGUUCCACCAUUGGGGGGCCAGAGCAGCGAACAGUUUUGACUGGGCUGAGCGGGAACUGUACUUCCUCAGUGGUAGGGAGGCGAGCAGGCCAGAGGUGGAUGAACUUUCCUACAAGGGCAUUUCCCAAACCUCCGUGGAGAGCGAACGUCGUUGAAGUAUGUGUCGAUACUAACAGGAUGGAAAGAACGGCAAUGCUUUCUCCACUCAGAUGUUACCUUUGCAUUAGAAUCGUUGCACUAUACUGAGGAUGGAUCAGCUCCUCGAGAGAUACAGUAUUAUCACCUAUGACUGCAAAUAUUGAGGCGGAGUAUUGUAAUGCUUAUCCUAUAACGCACUAAGUCACGAUUUAGCACAUCAACAUUUGCACACGUUACACAUCAUGAAAUAUAUUGAGACCAAAAUUUGACAGUAGCCUAUAAUUAGCAAAAUAUAACUCAAUAAGAUUUAAAUAUAUAGGCCAAAAGCCUGUACUUUGUAUCUUUUUAAUGCAGACAUAUUUUUAAAAACUGUUUCACUUGUUUGUAACAAUUGCAAAGUCAUUGGCAACUUAGUAUUUGUAGUCAACUUCGUCAGAGAGGAAGAAGCGAAGCGAGAGGUUUCACUCUCACGGCUCGCCAAAAUCUGUCCACAAUAAGCACAAUGUGUUUCUAUGUGCAUGGAGUCGAGGAAUCAAUUAUUUUGGAGUCAGCGAAGUCCUGUAUGCAAUACUUUGAGAAGUUAAAUGAGAAGGAAUGCAAACUUUGUGGAAGAAUUCAGGUACAGUAAUGUAGGACAGGUUCAGUAGUGGUAGGACAGGUUAAGUAGUGGUAGGACAGGUUCAGUAGUGGUAGGACAGGUACAGUAGUGGUAGGACAGGUUCAGUAGUGGUAGGACAGGUUCAGUAGUGGUAGGACAGGUCAGUAGUGGUAGGACAGGUUCAGUAGUGGUAGGACAGGUUCAGUAGUGGUAGGACAGGUUCAGUAGUGGUAGGACAGGUUCAGUCGUGGUAGGACAAGUUCAGUAGUGGUAGGACAGGUCAGUAGUGGUAGGACAGGUUCAGUAGUGGUAGGACAGGUUCAGUAGUGGUAGGACAGGUUCAGUAGUGGUAGGACAGGUUCAGUAGUGGUAGGACAGGUUCAGUAGUGGUAGGACAGGUCAAUAGUGAUAGGACAGGUACGGUAAUGUAGAACAGGUUCAGUCGUGGUAGGACAGGUUCAGUCAUGGUAGGACAGGUUCAGUAGUGGUAGGACAGGUUCAGUAGUGGUAGGACAGGUUCAGUAGUGGUAGGACAGGUUCAGUAAUGCUUAGCCAUCUGAAAGGGACACACCGUGAGACCCAAACCGUUGCUGGCAGCAGUGCGGUUGCAUUGUGAAUUCACAUGAAAUGUUAUCAAUUUUUCUUAUCAUUAAAAAAUAAAUAAAUUGCUGUUUAAAUGUUAAGAAAAAAUGUCAAUUUGUCACAUCCCGAGUCAGAUGAAGUUUGGUCUGAAUUGGAUGUUUGGUACUAUGUUGACUAAAUAUGAUCUGAAUUCUAUAAAUUAAAAUGGCCAAUUUGGAUCAGUGAGCUUAAUUUCCCCAAGAUGAUAACAUUUAAUUUCCACCAAAUAAAGUUUCAGAAAUACCAAUCUUAUCUGUUUCUAACUACAGAAACAAUUUCAGAACAAUCUAAACAAUAUCUUGGUGAAAUGACAUAGAACAAAUGUGUUUUUAUUUUUUACGUACACAUCUCAUUUUCAAUAGUUUUUUUAUCUCAAUGACAUAUGCCUACCUGUAAAACCAUGUUAGGUCAUUGACCCAUUAGAAUUGCACAGAUUUUUUUUUUUACAUGACUUUUCAGUUAUGGGUGUUUUUUUUUUCAAUAGAUCACUGUCCUGAUGAGCUACAGGUCUACAGACAGGUGUUGUGGGGCUCCUUCAACCAUGUCGUCCAGAUUAGGAGGUAGGUCCUCUCCCAUCUCCCCUGUCCUGUUCCUGACGGUAGAUGGUGAACCCAUGAGAUUCUUCCUACGCCCCGGUCCCACCAAGGUUCGACUGCAGCCCGUCAUCAAGGCUGGUGGAGGCCUGGUGUGCAGGGCCCAGGAGCCUGGGGCUUUCCUACUGAUUGACCCAGAGGAGAUGGGGUCCGUUGCGGGUUCGGCAGCCCACUGGUACGUGUCCACCCAGUACAUCCGGGACUGCAUGGAGAAGAACCAGCAGCUGGAGGUGGAGGAUUACCGCUUCAAGCCUGACAACGGAAAGGCGAACGUCCAGACCAGGUCAGCGAAACAGAGAAUCGGACGAAUGGGCUACACUCUGGAGGAGGAUAAGGCCAUAAUGACGUACAUCUGUGAGCACAAGCGUGAGUCGCAUGGGAACAAGGUAUGGCAGGAGAUGGCGAAGAAUGGUCUGACCUGUCACAGCUGGCAGUCGAUGAAGGACCGUUACCUUAAACAGCUCGUUAAAAGACAACCUGAGCCUCGGGACGGCAGGGGAAGGAACAAAACUGUCGCUACUGCUUCUUCGGAGGAGAAAGGAGGGAACUCGUUUGAGAAAGAGAGAGAGAAAGACAUCCCACCACAGACUUCCUCACUUCAGAAAGACUCUCGACAGCCGUUGGCCCAAGAGUCAGACGCCUCAAAGACUUCCUCUGAAUCCAAACUCCCUCGGGCAUCAUCAUCAUCAUCAGACACUGGUCUCCAACUCCCACAGAAGUCCCCUCAGAAAGACCAGGCUCAGUGCUGUCCUGAAGGACCUGGAACAGAGGAAUCAACUGUGGAACCAGAGAGAGAUCCCUCGACCCAGCUAGAGCCACCAGCAGACCCUGCCCAGUCUGACACUACAACACCCCAGCUGGUCCCUUCUAAGAGACUCCACCAGCCUUCUCCUCCUGGGGGCAAACACACCCAUCCCCAGACUGAGGAGGCAGCAGCCAGCCCCUCACUUAAAAGAGCCAGGUUAAAUAGUGGAGCAGUGGUGGUGGUCUUGGAGAAAAGGGAUUCAGCUGUUACGUCAGGAGAGAAGGCAACAAGCUCCAACACGACAGAGGGGCAGCUGGGAAAGAAAAAGGCCAACAAGCGAAAACUGGGCAUCCUCGAGAGUGCAGUGAGAGAAUUCGAGGGGUCAGAUGAGUCAGGGGAUGACGAUGAUACUCCAGACCUGGCUGAGAUUGCUGGCCCUGCACCAGUCCCAGGCCGGGAGACUCAGACACCAGUAGCUGCCCACCAGACGGAGAAUAGCUCUGCUCAGAUACAGCCCCAGCCUGCAGCCCAAGAGAAGAGCUCAGAGACCCAGCCUGAGGGCCAACUACCUGAAGCCAGUGGUCCCGCAAUGAGUGGGUCGGCCCCAAAUGCACCAACGGUCCCAAAUGCACCUGCAACGAGUAUCCAUGUCCCGAAAGACCCUGCUAUCCUGUCCACUUCGACAGUUCCUCACCUGUUCCUGUUUGAGCGUGACUCCCAACAGGCGGAGGAAGAGGAGCCUUCCCAGCCCUUCACCCAACUCCAGCUCCAGGAGGCCAAGCGGCUGGUCCUCAGCCUAAUGAGGGAAUCCAAACGGGGGCUGGUCGCUGUCACCAAGGCCCUCCUGAAAAACAGUGGAGAUGUCUCCGCUGCCCUGACAGACCCACUGAUGAUGCCUAACGUAGGGAACGGGGUUCAUCAGGGCCCUCAAUGGGAACGUCAUGACGACCGCCUGCUGCUCUCGGCUGAUCCUUCGGAACUCCAGAACAAGUUUGGGGAAGAGGGUGUGGCCAAGAGGAUGGCUUUCCUCUAUUCAGAGUGACACUGGGGGGGUUCAAUAGUAUGCAACGUUGUGUGACCUUUAGUUCUGAACAACACGUCCCCCCCCCCCCCCCAAAAAAAAGAUACCCACCGUUCUUCAACAUUCUUUGAGGUAUGAUUGCUCCUGUUUGGUCGGUGUGGCCUGAUCAAUAUGGGUCUGACAUUACCAUUUUAAAUCGCAAAAUUUCAUGUUGCCAGCACACCAUAAACAAUCGUACCUCUGGGCUAACAAUAGUUACAAUGUUGUUUCCUACUGAAAGCGUUCCUGUGUUGUAUUAACCAAAUGGAUAAAAACAGUCAGGAUUACCUUAGCCCUCGAUCAUGACUGGCAGUUCUAUUGUAUUAUAAAAUAAGAGUGGUUGGACGAAGGCGCGUUCUGUACGGGAGAGUUUCGUUAAUAGUUCCGACGCUCGGUCUGAACAUUUUACGAGCAUCGUUUUGCGGUAUGGUUUUGGAAGCAUAAGCACUUUAUCUUUCAUUUCAGCAAGAAGGCUAAAUUCAUACACACCUUUUAUAGGGUUCACACACGGUCGUAUCUCCAUUUAAGCACAAGUUUAGGGAAAACAUACGGAAGACAGAGUGGACUACCUGUGCUAGUUAGUUAUCAGCGUCUCAGAACACCUGUGUGUAAAUGGAAGAUGACACACGGUGUUGUCACUGAAAAAUACUGUCGGCUGCAACUGUGUUGAAACCGGUUAAAACGGAGUACAGUGUUUCUUUUGUGUAUUUGUGCAUUUGAGAAGUUAUGUUGCUGUGAUAUGUAAAGUAGAGAACUUUUAUUUUUCUAUAACCGUACCGCAAAUUGAGAAUCGAUUCAUGUUUAGUUGGGAGUAUUUGGCCAUUUUCCAGAGCCACUUCGUCUUUAAAUAGAACACGUAAAGUCAUUAGACUAUAAGGAAUAACAUUGGGCUCCUUUAGUCUAUUGUAAGGGCUAGGACUACCUGAACUUGUCAAGACAAGAAUAAUAGUUAUCAAAGUGUUAUACAAUUUUAAAUCGUUUUCUUUCUUGUCUCUGACAUGAAAAGUUGUUUAUUUUUAUUGAUUGAUUGUGGAUGCUAAUAUAACCGUACAGUUUGUGCUACAGGAAAUGUUUUUAAUCUUUAUUCUGUUCCAUUACAUUGCACACUAAUCAUUGGAGGAAGGCAUCUUCUGUCACGGGGUAGUUUUGUUAAGUUCCCCCCGACCCUCGGUCUGAACAUUUAACACGCAUCACUUAUGGUACUGUUUUCAGAAGCGUAAGGACCUUAUCUUAAAAAAAAAUAAAAGUUGCUUUGAUACACACUGUUUUAGGGUUAGUGUUCCCACAAUGCCAUAUUUCCAUGUUACAGAGCUUGUUUACGGAAGACAGAGUGGACUACCUGUGCUAAUUAGAUAGCUUCAUCUCCUGUGUGUAAACGAUGGACACCACAAACGUGUUGUCACUAUAAAAUAUGGCCGGAUGCAACUGUGUUAAAACCGUGUAAGUGUGUAUUUUGAAAUUGUGAAAUUAUUUUUGGACGUGAUGUGAAUGUAGAGGGAUUUAUUUUUCUAGAACCGUACCGCAAUUGAGAAUCGAUUCACGUUUAGAUGGACUGUUUUGGCUUCCAGGGCCACUUCACCUUUAACAGAACAUGUUAGGUCCUUGGACUAAGGAGUAACAUUGGGCUCAUUAUAGUCAGUCCAUUAUGGGCUAUGAAAUGCCAUGUCCCAUGUGAGAUGGCACAUUUUAACUUGUAAUAUUUUAACUUUUGUAAUGUGUCUGUUUGGAAUUCAAAAUGUGCUAUUUUUUUUUUUUUUGCAAUAGUAAUAAACAUGUUACAUAUGUGAAAUAUACUGUAUGCAUAUGAUGAUUUGUGACAAUCUGCCAAUGUAAUAAAAUAACUGAUGUAAUUCGCUUCAUAAGUAA